GUCUCAGCGGGAUAUCGUUGCGGGGACAAGGAAGAUGUGCAGCGCCAGGCGGCGUGCUGGCGCCGAACGAGCUCGCCGAAGAGAUCCCGAAGCUCCUCCGUAUGCACGCUUCAACUGUGGCAUUCAUCGUACGACACGACCUGCUCACCGCCGGCGAUGUGACUCACCGGGGGGAGAUAAACUGCUUCGUUUUAUAAGGGCUCUAAAAGCCCAGUCCCUCCCUGCUGACCGUCGCAGUGCGAAUGAGAAAAUGUGCGAAAACUAUGGGAUCGCUCCUGCUGCUCGGCCACCGGGUAGAAAAACGACAGCCCGUAGGAACGUUAGAAACAGGUUGCGCUACUACAAGAAGACCCUGCUAGAUAUGGUGCGGCGCAUACUCAGUUAUUUCCUCACUGUGCUCACGCUGCGCCUACGCUCCUUCUUUUGCUGGUGCCCGUCGUCGAAGCAGAGUCUGGACGAUGCCGAACGGCGAGUCCUUGGCUCGAUGGGGAAACAAUACAGCGGAUACUACGUGGACGUGGGGCGCAUCAGCGACAGCCCGCCGCGUAGCAGCCGCGUGUGGACGAUCCAGCUGGAGCCGGACGAGGAAGCCGACGGGGUGCUGCCGCUAGUGCUCGUGCACGGCUACCUGUGCGGCGCGGCACUCUGGGUGCUCAAUUUGGAGGCGUUGUCCCACCGCCGGCGUGUCUACGCCAUCGACCUUCUCGGCUUCGGCAAAAGCUCGAGGCCCGCGCUGUCCAGCGAUGCGGGGAUGGCGGAGGCCCAACUCGCCCAAGCUCUGGAGGGGUGGCGUUGCCAGAUGGGUCUGGAGCGGUUCGUGCUGCUGGGUCACAGCUUCGGCGCCUUCGUGGCAUCCGCCUACACGCUACGGCGGCCCGAACACGUGGCUCACCUGAUCCUCGAGGACCCGUGGGGAUUCUCCGAGAGCCGCGUGCCCGACAAUGCUUUUCAGUUGCUGCCCUGGCUCGUCGCCGCCUUCACACGUGGUCUCAAGUUCUUCAGCCGCGCCGACAUUUGCACGUUGUUGCGCGCUGGAGGCAUGCUCGGGCCUCCCUUUCUCGGGGUCGUGCUGGCGCACGAAACCAACAUGUUCCGCAAAAUUGUGCAGGACGAGACCGCCGUCGUCAGCUAUUUCUACCACUGCAACGUGCGAAGACCCACCGGCGAGGCUUCUGUGAAGGCGUUAAUGCACAGGUUUCCGUGGGUGAAGCACCCGAUGGUCACCAGGCUCGUGGCACUCCCACCCGAAGUAGGGCUCACCUUCAUCUAUGGCGCGCACAGCUUCAUGGGUCGAAAGCCUGCAUUCGCCAUCCGCGAUGCCAGAACACAGUCCUUCGUCCAAGUUCACGUUCUUGAAGAUUGUGGACACAACCUGCACUACGAGAAGCCAGAAGAGUUUUGCGACGUGGUCAACAAGGCGUGUGAACUUGUCGAUGAGAGGCUACAUCAGAAGAUAGACUAAAUGAAACCACCGACUAAGAAUUCGGUUCCCUGUCGUAUACACGUAGACGCCGAGAGAGAAAAUUUGUACAGUGCAUUUACAAAACAUGCUAAUGUGCCGGUCA